AUGUCGCCAAACAUUGCAGAUAGCCUCAUUGCAGCGGUAGCCGAGCGACGAUCGGUCUACAAGCUCUCCGGAGAGACCACCAUCUCCAAGGAAAGGCUAGAAGAUAUCGUCCAGAAAGUCCUCCUAGCCACUCCAUCAGCCUUUAACACGCAAAGCACACGCAUCGUUGUCCUGCUGGGAAGCGAGCACCGAAAACUAUGGGACAUCGUCCGGGCCGGUGUGAAGCCCCUCGUUGCAGCGGAACAGGCAGAGGCCACCGAAGCCAAAAUUACUGGAUUCCAGGGAGCUUACGGCACUAUCCUCUUCUUCGAGGAUCCAACACCGUUUGAACCACUUCAAGCGUUUAAGAUGUACGCCGAUAAGUUCCCAAGCUGGCGUGAACAGACUAGUGGCAUGCAUCAAUUGCUCGUCUGGACGGCACUGGAAGCAGAGGGGCUGGGAGCGAACGUGCAGCACUAUAAUCCCCUCAUUGACGAAAAGGUGCAGGAGACCUGGUCCGAGAAAAUCCCGCGUCAUUGGCAGCUGUUGUCCCAGAUGGUCAUUGGGAAGCCAGUGGGAGACCUACCGCCGGCGAAGGAAAAGAAGCCUGUUGAUGAGAGAUUCUCUAUCAUUGGAUGA